AUGUCUUCCCCGUCUCCCGCUGAUAUCAAGGCCCAUGGAAGUGGAAUCGAUACAUUCGCGCCGGUCCGUCUGUCAGACUCUAUGGGAGUCGGGUUCUACAUCAGGCACCGCACCGCGCCAGAGAAAGGGUACAUCAAGAUCCUUGUCUUCCUCUCUGUCGUCUUGACCUUCACGCGUUUCGGAUUGCAAAUUACCUCGUUCAUGAACUUUGGCCCGAACUCCCAUGGCGAUCCGUUCCGCAUCAAGACACAGCCUUGGACAACUCCGGCGCGGAUGGUCAUAGAUGCUCUGUGCAUGCUCAAUAUCCAAAUGUUCUUUGUGAUCAGAAUAUGGGCGUUCAGCAAGAUACUGCCCCUCGUUCUGGGUCUUUUGACCCUAGUGUUCGCAUGCUUCGCUCUUUGGAUAUACUUGAUCUAUAGCGUAGCCACAUCUCCAAUUCUUCCCUUCUGGACAACAUUGCUUAUUGCGCUGAGCGUCGUCACUGCGGUCACCGACAUCACCCUUUCGGCAACGUUCGUGAUUCUCAUGUGGAAGUCUAGAGAAGCGACCAUGCAUUUGUACGCGCACCAGGAGCAUCAUCAGCACCCUUUGGCCGGUGGGAUGGUAAUUAGUGCCCUUGCCACAGCCGCAGCGAUCGCGGUCAGCGUCGACCCAAAAUCGCUCGUCUGCAUGACGCUGUAUCAAGCGGUCGGCGUACUAUACACCAAUACGUUCUUCGCCCUCCUAAACUCGCGCGAGCACCUGCGCGCGCAGUGUGCGCAGGUUACCAAUAUCCCGACCACCGCACUGGGGAGGCAAUCCGUCAUGCCUACUGAAAUACGCUUGGGCACCUGGCACGACCCUCAGGCUCGCAGCAUCAAUGCCAGUGGCGCUGAAACGGCCGUCGUCCAGGCCGCGGCUCUCAGUGUCAGGGUUUCGUAG